AUGACGGAGAGUACCGAAGGUAAUACUAUCUCGUGUAAAGCAGCCAUUGCAUAUGAACCUGGUAGACCGCUGACGGUUGAAACUAUUACUGUUGACCCCCCAAAGGCUCAUGAGGUCCGUAUCAAAAUGACUCAUUCUGCAUUAUGCCAUACUGAUGCAUAUACGUUGUCAGGUGUUGAUCCUGAGGGCAUUUUCCCAUCAAUUCUAGGACACGAGGGAGCUGGUAUUGUCGAAUCCGUUGGACCUGGCGUUACCAAUGUGAAACCUGGUGAUCAUGUUAUUCCUCUAUAUACUGCAGAGUGUAUGGAAUGUAAGUUCUGCAAGUCUAACAAGACCAACCUCUGUGGAGCCGUUCGGGAGACGCAGGGUAAAGGUUUAAUGCCUGACGGUACGUCCAGGUUUAAGAAUAGCAAAGGUGAGACCAUUUACCACUUUAUGGGGUGCUCUACGUUCUCUGAGUACACAGUUGUUGCCGAUGUUAGUGUUGUGGCUGUCGAUGAGAAAGCACCUUUGGAUAAGGUCUGUUUAUUGGGAUGUGGUGUUACUACUGGGUACGGUGCGGCGCUUAAGACUGCCAACGUCCAAAAGGGGGAUACGGUUGCGGUAUUUGGAGCUGGUACAAUUGGUUUAAGUGUUGUUCAAGGUGCUUUGAGCCGUGAGGCUUCGAAGAUUAUUGUUGUUGAGAUCAAUAAUAAGAAGAAGGAGUGGGCAAUGCAAUUUGGUGCUACCGAUUUUGUCAAUCCUCAGGAGUUGGAAGAUGGUUACACUAUUGUAUCCAAACUCAUUGAGAUGACGGACGGUGGUCUUGACCAUACCUUUGAUUGUACGGGUAAUGUAAAGGUGAUGAGAGACGCAUUGGAGUGCUGCCACAAGGGAUGGGGUCAGUCCAUUAUUAUUGGUGUUGCAGCUGCGGGACAAGAGAUUUCGACUAGACCUUUCCAAUUGGUUACGGGCCGUGUUUGGAAGGGUACUGCUUUUGGUGGCAUUAAGGGACGUUCAGAGAUGGGUAACUUGAUUUCUGACUACUUUGAAGGCAAAUUGAAAGUUGAUGAAUUCGUUACGCAUACAAGACCAUUUUCUGAAAUUAACAAAGGUUUAGAAGACCUACACCACGGUGAUUGUUUGAGGACUGUUCUUCACUUUUAG